AUGACGGCCAAGUCUCAGGUCUAUGUUGUAAAUGAGGAUGCGGCUUCAAAAGAUGCGAUCAUUGCUGAUGAUACUCCAAAAACUCCGUGGAAAUCGAUCUAUUUGAUUGGAGUGUUGGCGCUAUGUACCGCCAUUCAGUUUUCGUUGUAUUUUAGCUCCAUGUGGCCGUAUUUGCAGUUGGUGAGGGUUAUAUGACUUUUGGGGUAUAUCUAUUUAUUCAAUCCUUCAAAAGUUUGAAGCAAAAAUAUUUUUUAGAAAUCAUAUUGUUUUAGGUAACACUUGAUGUUCAUCCUUAAUUUUAAUGACACAAAAUAACUUUUCUUUUUUAGCUGGAUCCAACUGUAACAGAAGAGUUUUACGGUUAUGUUGUAGCCGUCUAUUCGGCCGGCCUGAUCAUAGCAGCUCCAUUAAUUGGACUAUGGAGCAAUAAAGUUAAGAAUAUUCGAACUCCAGUUAGAUUCUGUAUUUGCCUUCAACUGGCCGGUAAUCUACUGUACUUCUUUGCUCAAACAUUGCCAUUUGGUCGCAAGUUUGCUGUAAUGUUUGCUAGGUUCUUCGUUGGUGCAGCUUGUUGUAAGUUCUUGUAAUAUUAGAGGAAGAUAUAUAAUUUGUUUUAGGUAAAAUACGUAUAAAAAAGUCUAAGUAGUUAACGCAUUUUUCGUAAUACAUAUAAACUUGUAUGUAAGAGUAUCAUAAUCUGUGACAUUAAUAUUUUAGGUCACAGUGGCCUUUUGAAAGCCUACGCAGCUACAGCUAGUGUUAGCGCCGACCGUUCUCGAGCUAUGGCUAUUUUUACCGGCGGUGUUGCUUUCGGUCUUACUAUUGGGCCAGGUAAGGGUUCUUUAACUGGUUUUUAAAAUUUUUAAUUUAAAAGUUUAUCAGAUUUUAAAUUUUUGAAAAAUAAUUUUUUUAAAUCAAACAACAUUUAUUUUAGGUCUUCAAUUAAUUUUUGUGCCCCUCGGCUUUCCUGGCUUUAAACUUUUCAAUCUACUUCAAAUCAACAUGUACACUACCCCACCAUUGGCUGCUAUGUUCUUGAACAGUACAGCCUUGUUCAUAAUGACCUUUGUGUUUGAAGAAACUUAUGCCGGGUUAGCUGGUGGGUCUUCUAAUGAAGCUGUUAAGGUAUGUACACAUUGUUUGUUAUAUUGUGCCAUUUAUAAUUUUUUGAGAUGUGUUUUGACGUUUUUAUUAAUCACGUACUUUUAAAAUGACAUAUCAGGUAAAAUACGAGCUGUAGUUGAUAAUUUUAUAAAGCUACGAUUUGAAAUAUAUAAUUUUAGGACAAAGAAGCUGAAAAGGAAAUCAGAAAAGCCAAAGAAAUCAAAAUUCCGCCAUUUGACAAAUUGGCACUAGUACUAUGUCAUUUGGGGCGAUUCACGCAGACUUUUACUUUUACAGCACUGGAAACGUAAGUCAAUUUUUGAAGUUUUCCUACCUUAACCCUACCUACUUUACCUUACCCUACUACCUUAGCUUACCUUAUCAUACCUUUUUUUGGUCUAGAUUUACAUUACUCUACUUUAAUCUGCUCUACCUUACCCACCUUACGCUACUCUUCUUUACCGUAUUCUAAUUUACUUUAUUCUAUCCUACUUUACCUUACUCUACUAUACUCUACUCUAUUACCCUAUCGGAAUUGACCAUAUGUACAUUAUUUUGCCUUACCGUACCGUAUCUUAGACCAAUCAUACUCUAGCUCUCCAUAAGAAUGAAGUUUUGUAAAAUACGUGCUAAAUUGAUGUUGCUGUUAAUUGAAGUAAUAUUAAAAUAUUUAGAAUUGGCACAGCCUAUGCGAUGACAAUUUUUGCUUGGACAAAAAAAGAAGCGGUCACAUAUGUUGCCAUAUCUUAUUCUUUCAUGAGCGUGGUAGAGUUUGUAGCUUAUGCUUUGUUUGUCUUUGCCAAAUUGGAUCGAUGGUAAGUUACUUUUUAGUUUUUUUUUGAAAAUUUUAAAAUGAAAAUUUAAAAUCAAUUGUUUUUAGCCAGACCUCCUUUAAAACCAUCAUUUUUAGGCUAAAACUCCGCUUCCACUGUCUGUGUGGCUUCGCCGGACUUAUCAUCUUACACUUGAUCACGUUCUCCUGGCCUUUCCUCCCAGGUGAACUUGUAACCUACACCAACAAGGACAUGGAACGUCAUUUGAAUAUGUCUGCUCCAGAGCCGGUUGGCUGUAACAUGGACCGUCUUUCCUGGUGCACAUACACAAAACCAGUCAAUGUUUGGGUAUAUAAUGUGUCAUUUGUACUGAUUGUCGGCGUAUCGUACUGUGUUAUCAACAUCACAUUGGAGACUUUGUUCUCUAAAGUCUUGGGACCAAGAAGGCAGGCCGCACAUCAAGGAUUCUUAGAAAUGACAGAAGGAGCGGCCAGGUUCAGUGGACCGGUCCUGAUUAGGUAUGGUGGGGUUUUGAUAGGGUGGGAUGAAAAUAGAGGGAAAAGUAGUGAAUUUUUGUGACAAAAAACGCAGAUGAAAGGAAUGAAGUUCACACAAACUGUAAAAUAGUUGAGGUAAAAUACGUGUAAUAAUGUUUAAUAGGUUUCAACUGCUGUUACUCACAUGGGGGCAUGACAACGAUUGCUAUAACUUUUUAUUUUGUAAAGUAAAUCAAGUUUUGUAUUUAAAUCCGGCAUGAAAUUUUAAACUAAAGUUUAGGGUAGGGUGGGGUAAAUUUUAUUAUUUAUAAAGGAGUUCGUUGUCUAAGGGUUCCACCGUGUAUAUUAUGGAGAUUGGUAAAGUUAAAAAUGAAUAAGAUAGGGCUAGGGCACUGUAAGAUAAGAAAGGGUAGGACACAUUUUGUUAUAAAGGAGUUUUUUGUACUGGAAUUUCAUUCUAUAAUACAGGGUGUCCCAAGAAAAAUGUCCGAAACUAAAAUGGCAUAUCUUGGUUCAAAUAUGCUAGGAUAUAAUAAGUUAAUGAGUAUCAUUUUAUUAUAAAUAUUAACUAUAUAUAAGUUUUAAUAUAAUUUAUAAUUGAAAAAAAAUAUUUUAAAAAACCUAAAGUAUAAAAACAUAGUUAACAAAAAAUAUUACAUUAUAAUAUUUUUUAAAAAAUAAAAAUAUUCUGACCCAUAAGUUUAUAGAUACUGUAAUUUGAAACAUAUUGCUUUUUGUUUUAUAUUUUUACGUUCAUUUUUAUGUGAGUUAUAGCCUCCGCCGAUAUUUUCGCGCCUCCGCCGACUCUCCGCCGAGAUUUGAAAAUGCGGUAGCGGCAAAAUUUCCAAAAGAAACUUAGAAAAUUUUGCGAGAAAUCUAUUCUCAAGCAAAAUCUCAAUGAAAACCUUUGAAAAACUUAGCAAAAAAAGCAUUUUCAAAUGAAAAUAUGUGUAAUUUUGGUGAAAAUGACGAUUUUUCAAAAAAUCAUAACGCCUUUAAAAUGUACCUAAAAAAAGCAAAAUUUUGCGACGAAAAACUUGUAGUACUAAGCUACCACAGUACAAAGUUUGAAAAUUUUAGCUAUUUUUAUAACCAAGAUCUCCAAGAAGUUAGGAUAAGGUAAACUAUGGUUGGGUAAUGUAGGGUAAGGUAGGGUAAGGUAGGGUAGGGUAGGGUAGGGUAGGGUAGGGUAAGGUAGGGUAAGGUAGGGUAGGGUAGGGUAGGGUAGGGUAGGGUAGGGUAGGGUAGGGUAGGGUAGGGUAGGGUAGGGUAGAGUCAUGUAAGGGUGGAUAUAAAAGAUUUUGUUAUGCAGGAGGUUUUCAAAAAACCUUUAAAAUUUAAAAAUUAGAAAUUUUGUACAUAAAAAUUUUUUAAAAUUCAAUUUUAGUUCCCUCUACACCAUCUUCGGCCCACGGGCAGCAUGGAUCGCUGAAAUCACCGUUCUUUCAACAGCCGUCACUCUCUGGUUAGUCUUCUACAAGCGAUUAGUGCCACUUAAGAUGCCAGUUCAUCCAUCGGUCGAAAACAAAGAUAAGGACGCUCAAUCGACUGAUGAAAGCUUGACUGACGAUGAAGAACAUCUGAUGAGAGAGACCGACCCAGACGUGGCUUCUGUGCUUGGUUAUGUUGGUUUACAUAGAGCUGGGUCGGUGUCGUUGGGCAAACGAGUGUUCGACAGGGCUUCGGUUAGGAGUUCGAUGAGGAGCAACUUCAGGAAGAGCAUCAGGGAUACGAUGAUCAAGGAGUAA